GAGAAUAGAGAGUGUGCACUGUCAAAGCGCUUGCUGUGAUAUGGGAGCAGCCCGACGAAAGAGUCGGGGCGCUAGUAGUCGACCUGUGCGCUGCACAAGCCUCCUCCGUGAUUCCUCGUGGACGGAAGACUCAAGAGCGGUGGUGAUGGCGCCUCCAACUUCCAUCGGCGAUGAUCCAGCGGCCGAUGUCGAUAAUUCAGUCGCGUUGCAGAAGAUGAAGGUGCGCUUGAAGAAAAUGAAGUUGCGGAUGAAAAAAUGCGAAAGGCGCUUGAAGAAAGUGGAGAAGAGAUUGAUUCCAGUGGAGUGGAAUGAGGAAGUAGGGAGCUUGUUCUACUAAACAGAGCGAGCCGUGCGGCUUCAGUCCUUCAAGCGACGAUACGUGACUAGCUUGCAGAUUUUCUUGUUUCGGCGGCGCUGACAAGGCGCAUAACUCUUCUGAAUGAAAAAGGUGUUCGAAUUGUUUCGAUAGGCAGCAAUUCGACUUCCUUUGUCUCCAGACCUGAUUUGACCUGCUCAGUGAAAGCCUGAAGGUAGCAAUCGGUGUGAAGGUGCUGUAUUCUCCAACACCUACUUUAUUCUCAUCUUGUGUCCUGCAAGGCAGUCUCGAUCACCAGUCGACACGAUUUUCUCUAUGCUCUUUGUUUGUAUCUCCAACUCUAGGAUAGAACGAUUCAUCAUACAUCAUACAUGUCGACAGGACAGAAUCACAAUUGUGACCACAGAUAACCAAUUUGUACCAGGCAGGAAAUUGAAACUUUAGGUACAUACAUUGUGUUAUAUACAUUAUAUACGUACAUAUAAGAGAUAUGUGUCACGUGCAAUAUAUUACCGUAUUUGUUCUAUCGUGAUCUGGGUACAAUAAUCGUGUUGGCCAUUACAGCAACACAACACAAUUAUUGUACAUUAACAAUCUCCUCACAAACAGCAUACCUCUAGAGAUAGAUACACUGCAGAGUAGCUACAUAUCUCCAUCACAGAUAUACUUGAGACUACCUUGAGAAUCAUAUCUUGCACGUGACACAUAUCUCCUCCAUAUAUCUGACGAGGCGUAUAACUCUUCUCAGAUCAAGAGGUAGUGGCUGGUAUACUUUGAUAUUUUGCUACGAACAAAAUUGGUUUUUCUGUUGGCGCAAACCCAAGUCUGUACUUUCUAUCCCACCUCCAAGAACUCCACUUCAAUGCUCUGGUCAAAGUAACCAUCUUCAACGAUCACCAGCUCGCUCAUGGGCACAGCAAUAAUUCCCUUCAAAUCACUUCAAGCAAGACCGUGAGGAAGGCACAUCACCGAAGUUCUAUGGCACAGUUAUCGACUUCCAGGGUACACCUUGGCAGGAAACUGUAUCAGCACCUGAACCGUCAGUGCGACAUGUUAUGGUACUUGACCAUAGCGUUGAAGUGAGUUCUUAGGGGUGGAAUACAAAGUUUGUCUAAGACAAAACUUAGAGUCGGAUCUUGGGAAGAAUCUGUCAACCCUAGCUCUUGACGUGACCGAUUGUGCAGUGAAGCAAUGACUGAGCAGUAGCUGCACAUGGAACUCGAUCUGAGCUUGUUAGGUGUCGACAACUGGAUGCGAAGGUUUGAGAGGAUGGCUUGUCGCAGGUAACUCAUUUCCUUCUGCCCAUAUCACAAAGUGCGUGCUUGAUGCUGAAGUACAGAAAGAAGAACCCCCUAGAACUCGUUUGUUACCCAGCAGCAGGAUAUUACAAAGUGCGUGUUUGAUGCUGAAAUACAGAAAGAAGAACCCCCUAGAACUCGUUUGUUACCAAGAAGCAGGAGCUCUAUCAUGUGAAUGUAAUACGGCCUUCUAGGAAGGAAAGACAGACACCUUGAAAAGUCACAUACAUCACGACGAAAAUCAGAAGACAGUUUGAAGACAUUCUGAAUGUUGGGAGCGAGAAUUUCGAAUUUCAUCACUACUUCAUGUUUUUAAUCUACGACAUAGUCCAAAAUGGGAUCUGAUAGAGUUUUGAGAUACAUUGUGGUGGGAGUGUCAUAUUGAGAACUUUGUCAUCCUUUUCAUAUCAAUCGGCUGAUGAGAUAUUGUAGAUCUCAUAUGGCAAAUUACAUCACAAUAAGCACUGACUUCAUUUAACUCUCGAUUCAAGUCAUAUCAGCAUUCUUCUUGUGUGCUUGCUUACUUAAUUGAUGGACGUUAAAGUUCGCAUAUGUGUGCCA